UUUGGCUUCAGAUUCUGAGUGUGUGGAAAUUUUGCAAGGAAGACACAGGCAGAGAAAUAUUUGCACUAAAAGUUGGGGUAACUGUUCUUCUUGUGUCUUUGUUCGUAUUAUUUGAAGCCCCAUAUCAAGUCUUCGGGUCGAAUAUGAUAUGGGCUGUUCUCACUGCUAUCCUUGUUUUCGAGGACACUGUUGGAGCAACAUUUAAUCGAGGAUUUAAUCGAGCAGUAGGAACCUUGGUGGCUGUAUUCUUGGCUGUUGUGGUUGCUGAGACAGCACUGUCGUGUGGUCAUGUCGCUGAGCCUAUUAUCCUUGGCCUUAGCAUGUUCAUGAUCGCGGUGAUAACAUCGUACAUGAAAAUGUGGGCACCACUUGUGCAGUAUGAGUACGGGUUUAGGGUGACACUGUUGACCUAUUGCUUGAUCGUAGUCUCUGAUUAUAGAAUUGGUAACCCAGUUAGGAUUAUGAUCGAUCGCCUGUACUCAAUCGCCAUUGGAGGAACGAUAUCUGUGUUGGUGAAUGUCUGUAUUUUCCCUAUAUGGGCUGGGGACCAACUGCAUAAAGAGUUGGUCAAAAACUUCCAUUCAGUAGCAGAUUCUCUCGAGGAAAGUCUAAAAUAA